AUGUCGGCCAUCGACUACUCCAAGUGGGAUCGACUCCAGUCGAGCAGCGACGAAGAGGAUCUCGGGAACCCCAUCCCACCUCAAUCUCCGCGCCGGCCCGUGACCAUCGGGCCAUUUGCAGUGGCCGACCCCUGGGCACAGGCCGAUCCGCAAGUACGACGCGAAGUGAUCAAGGAGGAGAAGAUACUUCAGAAAUUCGUGCGACAGCACCCUUGUCCGUCCCAGAAGGCUCUCCGGGAUUGGCUUCGCCGCAUGAGCGAUGCCCCGGCAAAGAGUUCCGAACCGCAGCCCACCUUCACUUGGGUGAUGAAAGAUAUGGGCUGGCGCUCGGAGCACCUGGCAUGGUUCCACUACCCAUCCUUCCGGGAGCUCUGGGAUGCGGCAGCUUUGCCCACGGCCGAGGCCUUCCCAGUGCAACGCAAAGCCGGCAGCACCCUGUACGAGCGGGGCGGCAAGGGGUGCAUGCAGUUCAACUUCUACGCGCUGCAGCACGCCAUGUGCGGCGAGGACUUUGACACCGACGCUCCGCUUCCGGUCUACUCGUACGCGAAACACAUAGAGCACGUCUGGGACGGCAUCGGAUCAUGGCGCGCAUAG